CAAAGAUUUGAAAGUGAGCAAAGCAAGAAGAUCGAAGCUUAUAGCAGAAGACUUACAAUGAAGUGGCUGUUAGUCCUUUGGUGUCUUUGUACCUCAGCUUAUGCUUUAAAAAGGAUCCCUCUCUACAAAAUGUCAUCCAUUCGCCAAUCACUGCGGCAAUUGGGAUUGAAACUGUCGGACGUCUUUCCGGAGGUGAAUAAAGGUUUUCAGGCAGAUGUGGGCAAUGGAACAGCACCGACGAUUCUCACCAACUACCUGGAUACCCAAUACUUUGGGGAGAUCAGUAUCGGGACACCCCCACAGAACUUCAAAGUCAUCUUCGACACAGGGUCAGCCAAUCUCUGGAUACCGUCAGCUAACUGUUCACCAAUCUACACUGCUUGUUUUUCCCAUAACAGAUAUGACUCCUCCACCUCGAGGACAUAUGAAGCCAACGGACAAGGAUUUGCCAUUCAAUAUGGGUCUGGCAAUGUGAAGGGAAUCCUCAGUCAAGACAUUGUAAUGGUGGCCAAUAUCCCAGUUAUCCAGGUUUUUGCCGAGGCUACCUCCUUGCCAGCUUACCCUUUCAUCUUUGCCAAGUUCGAUGGGGUCCUGGGAAUGGGGUUCCAGGCUAUUUCCAUUGACAACAUCAAACCCGUGUUUGAGCGAAUCCUGGAUCAACAUGUUCUCAGCAACGAUGUCUUUUCUGUUUAUUACAACAGAGACGCCAGUGGGAGCCCAGGUGGUGAGAUCAUUCUGGGAGGCAGCGACCCUUCCUACUACAGCGGGGAGUUCCACUAUCAGAGCCUGGUUAAGAAAGGCUACUGGCAGAUCAAAGUGAAAGGAAUUUCUGUCGGUGGGGAGUUACUGUUCUGUAGUCAAGGAUGUGCAGCUGUCGUUGAUACUGGAUCGUCCUAUAUCACUGGACCAGCCGCAAUGGUUUCCUUGCUAAUGACUGCUAUAGGAGCCAAAUCCCUAGCAGAGGGAGAGUUAUUUACAGAUGGAAUCACAAACAAACUGGUUGGCUGCUACAUGGAGAACAGAAUGGAGGAUGUCGUCUUGGUGAGAGUUUAUGGCAACAAGACUGAGCUGUUUGUGGAUCGGGACAAUGAACUGAAGAGUUUCCAGGUCCUCCAUGCUAAUGGUUGUGCUCCAAAGCUCUAUUGUACGUUUCAGAAUGGUCUCUGUUAUGAGUUCAUGCAUGGAAUGGCACUUGGCCCACAGCAUGUUCGGGAACCAACUCUGUUCAGGCUCAUAGCAACAGAGCUGGCCAGAAUUCAUUCUAUUCACGCCCACAACGGCUGUAUUCCUAAACCCAACCUCUGGGUGAAAAUGCGAAAGUAUAUGGCUCUCAUCUCCUCGGAGUUCACACCAGAAGCUAAAAAUACUCGGAUUCAGAAGAAAGUGCCACCUUUGGAGACACUGGAGAAGGAAAUGGCGUGGAUGAAGGAAUACUUGUCGGAGCUGAACUCCCCCACGGUCCUUUGCCAUAAUGAUCUCCUCUGCAAGAAUAUCAUCUACAAUGAAAAGGAAGGUUGGGUGAAGUUUAUUGACUACGAGUACUCGGGUUACAAUUACCAGGCCUUCGAUAUUGGAAACCAUUUCAAUGAGUUUGCAGGCGUGAACGAGGUAGACUACAGCCUGUAUCCAGAUCAACCCUUACAGUUCCAAUGGCUGAGAACCUAUCUAGAAGCCUGUAAGCGAUUUACCAAGAAGGGAGGUGAGGUAACCGACAAUGAAGUGCACACGCUCUAUGUCCAAGUCAACAAAUUCUCUUUGGCAUCUCAUUUCUUCUGGGGUUUCUGGGCCUUGAUUCAAGCCAAGUAUUCAACAAUAGAGUUCGAUUUCCUAGGGUAUAGUGUCCUGAGGUUUAACCAGUAUUUCAAGAUGAAGCCCCAAGUCAUUGCUCUUCAGACACCAGAGUGAUAGGGUGAAUGACCUUCCACCCAUCAUUGCACAAUCGUCCAGAAACCUUCAGUUGGUCCUUCCAACUCCCUCCGUGGACAGACUCCCUUCCUCGACCAGCCACUUGUUACAUCUAACAGCACGAUUUGUGAAGUAGAUUAACCCCAAAUUCUUAACCGUUGUUCCCUUUAAAGGAGAGCUCUGAGAAAUCAGUGCUUGCUCCUCAUGACUAAAGCCUUGGCUUCACAUUUUGCUUUUGGUUUUCAAUCCCGAUUGUGCCCAGGGACUUAGCCAAAGUGCCCUUUAGAACCUUUCCUCUUUCCUCCCUCUUGCAAAUACUCCAAAAAUCUCCAAUCGCAAGCUCCUUAUCUAUUUUGCCCUUGAUAGGGACCAAACCUAGGGACCAACCUAGACAGACGGCUAUGAGAGACGGAGUGGGUGUGGUGAAGGGGAGAGGGGGGGGUGGUGGGGAAGCAGGCUUAAAAAACCUUUUAGUUGCUACUUAGUCAUUUAGAUUAUCCCACCAUGAUUACAGGGAAGCUCAGACUGACGAAAGGUCAAAGGUCCGAAAUGACCUUUGAAUUUAACUUGGUCAAAAGUUGUUCAGAAGAAAUGAUGUUUUGUCCCAGCCCGAACAGCACAAGAAUGGAGUCAGCAAACCUGUGUGUUUUUUAAAUUAAUAAACGAUAAAUGCAUGGCCACUGACCGAAUUGGAGCCCAAAGCUUUGAAAAGGUAGGCAUGCCCUUGCCCUCUAGCAUUAUCGCAGCCCGUUGGGGGAGGGGGGAGGAGCUGGCAGGAAGUGAUGUUGCAAUAUGAUACAACCUAUCUAAUAAAAGCAUAGUGUGUGGCAUGAGAAAUGCCACAUGCCCCAUGGAACCCACUUGUCCCACAACUCUGCACACACCACUCUCUCAUGGAGUCCAUCCAAUUCAUGAGUGGUCUCGAAGGUUAGCUCAGCAAGCUUCACUUUGCCACUGUCACUGGGUGACAGCAUUAACCUUUUGAACUUUGCAGAUAGCAAGAUCACCCCAGAACUAAAAUUGCGAAAGUUUACUUGUGGAAAGUGGUGUAAUGAAGCCACGAGCUCUCACAUGAUGCCAUAGCGCUCAGAACUCAACCCCAUGCCGCCUGCAACCCUGUAUAGUGUUCGGUUAUCACAGGGAAGGGCCAGUUGAAUUAUUUUGAGGACAAAGGUUCCCUGCAUCAGAAACACACACACAAGUGGGAAAACUGCACUGGCAAGUGAACUCUGUUUGAAAAUGCGGUGGAACAGAGUGCAGGGACCAGGGAGAGGGACAAAGGUAGCAGACAGCUACUACUGCUCAACCUAUGUAUCCAGAUUGGAACAGAAUGAGUGAAUCACUCCAAUAGCUUGUGACUGACUGACUGACUUGAGCACUAAAGCCUGUGAGCUUUGAUAGCUUUUAUUAAAUCACCUUCCUUUUGCAAAACCCCUUGGCUCUGAUGUGCGGUAAGAGUCAGCAGCUGCUGAGAGAGGCUCUUAGUUGUAUGAUAGCCUGUAUAUUUGCCACUAACCUAAAAAUUUUACUUUAGUCCUGGUGUUAAGAGAUUGACAGCUUUAUCCUGCUGCUGUCUUGAGUUUCUGUCCACAGAAAUAUUUCUGUAAUCCUUGUUCAGGUCACUGGAUGAAUAAGAGAGAGGUCUGUGAGGCUCUUGGCGAGGGUAACAAAGUUCCCUUGGUCGCACUGGCACGGUGAGGAGAAGCAGUAAUUUCUCAACCUUUUUGGAUAACUGCAACCUUGAGCCAAAGAAAACUAAAUUCCCCUUGCUGCUGCUGAUGUACAGGAGUGUGAGACGUUUCUUUAUAACACAGUGGAAAGCUUCAUAUGCACCCAGUAGAAUGCUGCUCCAUUUUGAAGCCAUGUGAUCUGUACAGAAAUUGUUGAUCACUGCUCCCCUCACUCGCUCCAGCCCCCGUUUGCAGCUGCCUGUGGUCAGCUUGCAUGGCAAUUGGUUCUUGGGUCCAAAAGCAUGUUUGAGACGAGAACACAAAUGCUGCCACGUGAUUACAUUAAAGCUGUGUAAACUGACCCAUCUUAAAACCUACUGCUUCAUUCUUUUUCCAGAUCAACAAAGGCUGGGUCGUAGCAGUGUCUUAAUAAAAGGUCUCGAUUCCUGUGUGGCGGUUGCAUGCAUUGAAGCCUGGGUAACGGGUAGAGCUGCGAUCUAUUUAGCGAGACUAUGUGCCCACGAUUUGUAGUGGUAUUUGCCCACCGUUAGUUUUGUUUGUAAUUGGCACUGCACAGCACUGGUUACACUUUAAACAUGCCUUUAUUUGACUAUGGUGAUGGGUGACAGAAAGUCGGUCAAUGUGGUCUAACGAUGUGCCCUGGGUCGAACUGGCAGCCAUGUUGCAGGACCAGCCCUCUGACCUCUUCAAGUCUUGGAGGUGGAGGAGAAUGAAGGCAGGAUUUAUUCCCCUCUCCCCUGAGCUAGACAGUGUGGCACUGGGCAGCGCAGUUGGGGGGAAAGGCACCUGAAUGUCCCAGCCACAAGGGCUAAGUCCCGUUAAGAGUAGCUGGAAUGGUUUGUGGGCCUGUUAAGCAUUUCAGCAAUCCCCAUCCCUCCCCGCCCCAGCCCUCUUUUCCAAUCCUAACUUCGUUUCUGGCCAUGAUUUGCGGCUCAACUGAUCAUUUGCAGAAAUCUAGCAUUAGAGACUUCGAACUGUUUACUGUAUUGUACAUUUUGUAAUUAUGAUGCAACUUUUUUUUUUGCGAAAUGCCUGUUUAUAAACAAGUGAACUGUGAUAUUUAUCAGUGUGCAAACUUUGUCCCGAUUUAAAAUAAGGGCAGUUGUUUUUGAUGAAGUAUUUGAUUAAUGAGCCAGAUACUUAACUGUGACAAACUGUACCCGGGAUGGUCUCUUGAAUCAUUUCUGUUCAACUCGUUUCCAGCUGCUACUUUGUGGCUCGGAGGUUUCUUCAUGCUGUGGACUUGCCUUCUGCCAAGCCUCACAAUUAGACAGCGCUGAGGGGAGGGGAGACAGGGGGCAGAGAGGGAGAUGGGGUUGGGGGGAGCCAUGAUUUCAGUUUGAGUUUUGCUUUGGCCUCUGUUGAAAGCUCGUCAAAACCCUUUUAAUUAAUUCAGUAACAGAACCCUUCCUGUUGUAAGGUACCAAAGUAUCGAGAUGUUAAGAACUGAGGAGAAUUUAAUCGCACUUGGACUCUUGUGAAUUCUAAUUCUGUUGCGAUUCAGGGCUUGUGAACCUGAUCUCCUAUAAACUUGAAUAGGCAAUUGGACCAAGUCAUUUGGUUUUGUUUGACUAAAUUUGUUCUAUUGGUUGACCAUGCGGCCAUGUGGAGGUUGAACAAAACUGACCAUUUCAUAAGUGCAAGAUAACCUGGGAUAAAACUGAUGACAGAGAAUCUGGGGCCAGCUGGUUUCUCUACCUCUUGCAGAACUCUACAAACAUUUUGAUUGUACUGCUAAUAAUCUUGUAAAUAAAAUGUAGUCUCUGGAAGACUUUCUGUGCACUUA